AUGGCCACCGUGAACUACCUCGAACAGGCGCUUAGACAGCGAACUUCGCCAACUGCGUCCUCGAAGCAGUCAUUGUCUGAUUAUCAAUACAGUGCUGGACUCGCUAUAUUUGAUUGCUGCUCAGCGUAUGAAGACUUCAUUGUCCCGCAAUUAUGUCGGCUCAUAGCCCCUCUUUUCAACUCGCAUAUGAAGAUCUCAGUGCUAGAGAUUGGACCCGGCCCGAAAAGCAUACUUGGAAAGCUGCCCCAUCAUCUCCGACAAACGAUUGCAAAGUACGCUGCAUUCGAGCCCAACCACAUAUUUGCUACGCGCCUGGAAAAAUGGCUCUGCGCUGCUCCGGAAACAGAACCCCCACUGCUCUCUCUGGAAGGCCCGCCCAACAUCCAACGCACUCCGUUCGAUAUAAACAGCGACACGGAGAAUUUUGCCUCUGUUGGUAGCAGCAACGACAAUGAAAAGUACAAUCUCGUUCUGUUCUGCCAUAGCAUGUAUGGCAUGAGGCCCAAAGCGAAGUUCAUCGAACGGGCGCUGAACAUGCUGGUUGAGCGACCCGAAGAUGGACUGGUGAUCGUUUUCCAUCGCGACCGGGCCCUGCAACUUGAUAAUUUAGUGUGCUAUAAAACGGAUUCUUUUUAUGACGGAGUCGUUCGCGUGCCCGAUAAAGACGACGUACUGGACACCUUUGCGGCUUUCGUCGCAGGAUUUAACAUGCAGGAUAUGGAGGCGGAUAAAGCUAUUCGAGCCGAGUGGCGUGAGAUGUGCCGGGCCUUAGGAAAUCGUGAGGAUGCCAAUCCCAAUCAUCUAUUGUUUAACUCGCCUGAGAUUAUGUUGGCCUUCACCCGACAUGCGACCGCGUUACCAGAGCUCAUAGCUCAGGUGCCGUUGGUGAGAGAGAGAAGGAUAGUCAAGAACCGUGAGGCUCACUUCUACGGUUGCGCUGCAACCGUACGGCCAACAAAGAUUCAACACGUUCAGCAGUGCAUUCAAUGGGCCCUAAAGCAUGGAGUGGGUCUGACAGUCAUUGGCGGAGGUCACAGCGGCCACUGUCUGUGGCCCAAUGUCGUCUCCAUCGACAUGGCUGCCUUUGACCAGGUCCACUUGCUCACACGAGAAGAGAAAGGAGAGGCUGAAUCUGAUUCCCAUCCCUUGGUCGUCGCCGAGGCCGGCUGCAAGGUCACUGAUAUUAUUCACAAGUCAAUGGAAGCUGGCGUGACAGUGCCCCUAGGGUCCCGCCCAAGCGUAGGUGCAGGGCUGUGGUUACAAGGCGGCCUCGGGCACCUGGCUAGACUAUAUGGCCUCGCGUGUGACCACAUCGUCGGGGCUGUGCUAGUCAGCGUGAAAUCUGGCGAGGUCUUCUGUAUAGGCCGUGUACCCAGUCAGCAUUGGCCGGACGGUGCC